AUGUCUUCCUGUUCUUCACACGUGCGGUUGGGUUUGCAGAGUGCCGAUGAGAGUAUCAUCCGGGACAUUGUGCUUCAAGCUUGGUUCUGCGAGGAUGAAACCGAAAUCACCGAGAAGACGCGAACCGAAAUGCAGAGCAGCUGGGAGAAUAUCAGAUCGCGCAUCGUAAAGAAGCAUCUUGAAUUGGUUGGCCUGGUCCUCGUAGUAUUGUUGUCACCCGUUAUGACGGUCACGAGUUCACCUGGGACACCGGGCGCACACUCGGUCUCCCAGAAAGGCGGGAACGAGCGGGCCGCGGCAAGUAAAGACGCGGGGGACAUCAGACGGAUUGGAUUCGGGCAAUGCACAGAAGCACAGAAGCUUUUGAAACUUCUGCGACAUUCCAUGGAUGGGACGUCUGUGGGAGUGCUAUUUGCUAGGCACGAGUCCUGGCAACUCCGGGGAAAGUUAAGUGUGUGGCCGGAACUUGGAAAGAAGUCAGAAUUCUCCACCAUCUGA